GGCCGCACCUAUUGAAUUAAUCAUUAGCCUAACAUGGCUAACAAACAGCAGUACGAAUCGCUGCCCGGGAAAAACGGCGGAGAACCACCAAUGGCGUCGAAAGAAGCAACGGUGAUAGUAAGCCAGCCUGCAAAACUUUCACCAACGGAAGAGUAUGUUCUUAACUUGGAUCCCAAUACGGUAGCAGGUAAGCAGAAGUAUUAACCUUUUAAUACAAUAGUCUUAUGUAAAUUUUUUCGCGUCUUGGAGUACGCGUAUAUCUUGCUUCGGUAUGAUUGAAAUGGCGCCGUAAUGAUCUGUGUUUUUUCGAGUCAAAAGUUCUUGAUUAUACUGAGGAUCACCAGACCAAGCGCGCAAGUACACGAAUUUUCACUAGAAAUAGCCUUUGGCAGUUCAUCGUGCUUUUUAGUCGCUCAUCCACAGUAAGUCGCCUGCAUUUUAUCAUGAACUUGGGCGUUGUCAUGAUCAUGAUAAAUAUGGAAACAUUAGAUUAUUCUAGUAUUUCUUGCACUUUCUUGCUAGAAAACGAUAUUAGCAACAUGUAUUCUCGAGCUAAAUUUUAUUCGAUCGUUUGUUCUCUCGUUCUUAAUUAAGCUUAAGGGUAUAGAAACCUGAACCUAUUUGACAAGCACAAGGCAAAGCAAACGGUAUUAAAAUUUGUUAUGCCCAACAAGCUGCGAAUUCUUUCUAAGCUUUAACAACUUUGUUUAAAGUAAACGAUCUGAUGAGCUUCAGUAGUUUUUGAUUUAGAAAAGCUCAUGUAAAUCAGGACUGGUUAGUAAAUGUCCAUCAUAUCGCCAUGAAUAAAAACGUCAAGUUGGUUGUUUAUAUUGAAUAACUUUUAAGUAUUCAUAUUUGCAAAUUUUAAAUAUAUGAGAUAUGAAUAUUUUAGUCAUAAAAACAUUCAUUUCUAAUAUAGUUUCAUUGUUGAGCCAUUUGUCAUCGUGUUUAAUUCUGCUGAGACAAGUAUUAAAAUCUGACUUCAUUCACAUGACAGUCAAUUGUGAUGAUCAUAAGCACUUUAAUCUUGUACCACACCAGUAUCAUAAGUGUAAGAAGCUUUUUCACUUCUGAGUGGGUGUCGAUGAGGGUCAUGACGUGUCCAUCAUUUAAAAUUGAAGUUUUGCUGGCAUAAACUUAUCAAUAUACAGUCAAACCUCCUGUAAGCAUCCAGCCAAAAUGCAAAGACUGAGUGGUCACUUAUGGGAGGUGGUUGUUUACAAGAAUCGAACCACAGGGGGUGAGUCUUCCGAGAAGAGGUCCAGGCACAUCUUCUUUAUGGAAGAUAAUUAUUUUAUUGCAUGCAAUGUCCAAGGUAGGAUAUGUGUAGUUCCAUGUUGUCCCUAAAAUUCUUCGUAUAUUCUAAGUAACAUAGUGCACACAGCAAAAAUAAAGUUCAGAGAAUGCGUCAAGUGGUCACUUACAAGAGUUUAAAAACAAUGAAGAAUUGUUAACUAUCAGGCCCAAAAAGUGGUCGCAGUUUUUUACAGUAGGUGGUCGUUUACUAGAGGUUCCAACUGCAAGGCUUUGACUGAGAAACUUUUGGUGUUUUGGAUUGGCGGUCGCUCAUGGCAGAUGGUUGCACAUGGAAGUUUGACUGUAUAAACAAAACAAAUAUGAAAUGAUAUGCCAUAUUACUGCACUUAGCUUUUCAAUGACACGCAAACUCUAAAAUAAAAAAAUUAACCAUUUACCUUUUUUGCUUCUGUCAAUCUGCCUAGCUGACCUCAGGGCUCAUGGUCUUCUUCAGCUGCUCAAAAAGGUCACCUCUGUAGGUUAAUUGGUAGAUUCUGAUCCAUCUUGUGUGCAUUAUGAUUGACAGAAGCAAAAAUCAGUAAUUUAUAUAUUAUCGGUUAGUUUUGACAUAAUCCUCCCUCAUAUUCCUCUAUGCAGCAGAUACCUCAACAGUAACAGUCCAACCUAGAUUGUCGUAUAUCUGUGCAAGUUGAAAACCAAUUUUUGAACAGCUGCUUCUUGAGUCUCUGAUCAGAUUUCAUCACAACCGCUAGCGAAGCGCUUGAUUUUAAAUUUUUUCCAUCCCAAUUUUCUUUCUCAUGAUCUGCAUGACCAGGCAGCUUUUAAGACCUGAUGUAAUCAGCGGUUGCUCAAAGCUUACUUCACAGCGACAAUAAAUUAUUUGGCUCCGUCCGGGAGUGGACAUGGUGUAUCGCGAGUAGCACGGUGGAAGGCUUUCUCAACUCAAAUUGCAGACAGAGCAAUUGUGUAAAUAGCCGGGUGCUCGUGCAAUGUUUUGGCACGCUUUGUCUCAGUCAAAUGGACCCAGGGGCCCUCCCACUGUACUACUUGUGAUACACCUUGCGUGCUCCCAGGCGGAGGCAAAUUAUCACUGUGACGUAAGCUUUAAGUGACCAUUGAUUACGUCAGGUCGAGUUACACAAGGUGCGUCAUUUUUACUUCAAUUUUUGUCAAAAAAUGGAAUAUUUGAGGAUGUAUUUUGUUUAUUCUCGUACAUUCUCUUAUAAAUUCAAAGUCUAAUGAACUCUCACAGAGUCUGGGCCACCUUUGCUGAUUGCAUUGAUUGUUAGGUGGGUUAGAUUUAUUACAAUGCUCUUUCUGCACAUCAGUCUGCCUUCAUAUACAUGUAUAAAUUGUGUGAUUUGGAUCAAGAUAAUCUUCUGUUUUAGUACUGGUACAUUUUAUUAUUUGUAUCUUCAUAGGAUGGUCUGUGCAAGAGGUUAAUCAGAAUUUCCUUGAGCGUGCUGGACUGGGUUACAUGGCCGAGAUGUUUUCUGUGAACAAGAUCAAUGGAAAAUGUCUUAUGCUUCUUACAGAGGUACAUGUACAUUUGCAUUAACAUGGACAGGGUAUCUGAUAUUAUGCCACAGUGCACUUUCAUCCCAGGGGCACUCCCUAUGAUGGCCUUAUAGGUUAGGGAGGUCUCUGCCCAAAAGGGGGUUGAACCGACCAAGUAGACUUUCUCAAAGUCGUUCGCUUGGUUUUCUGGUCUGGUGUGGUAGGACCCGGCACGAACGACUUUUAUCCCUUGCAGCGCGCCAAAUUUACAGGAGGAAUUUUCCUCGCUCGCGCUUCGCGCUCGUACGAUCGCGCUUCGCGCUCACAGUCGCGCUACGCGCUCAAAAGCUCGACUUGUGAGCAAGUCUACCGACCAAGAAGCAAUUAAAACCGUGUAGUCUGACAAGCACGAAGGCCCACAACAUGUUGUAUUUUGUCAGACAACCUGCAGCCUGUCGUGGUUUUAAUUAUGAACUGUAUUCUUUCACUUUCCUGUUAUAUAUAAUUCCUUUUGAAGUGUUAUAUAAUGGCUGGUGCUGAUGGGAAUGAAUUAAGAGACAAGACACUUUUCCUAAAUUAAGAUCAAAAUUAUGAAGAAUCUAGAUACAGAUAAACAUUAUUGUGAAAACCACUGAAGAUCAGACUGUUUUAUUUGCUUUUAAUUAAUAUUAUUUUUUUACAGGGUCAUCUUCAUGAACUUGGAAUCACAUGCCUUGGUGACAGAAUCUACUUGACAGAGCUCAUUGGAUUAUUGAAGAAGAAAAAGAGAGAAGCUGAACUUAGUGCUGCAAAGUGGUCGGGAGUAACUCCAGCUCCUGGAAUUGCCUACAAAGAGGACUGUGGAGAAUGUUGCGUGGCGUACUUCUGCCCAUGUUGCUUGGCAAAAACAUACUGGCGUGUGACAGGACAGGGUGUUUUCUACAAACGGGAACCUCCUUGUGGAUUGUGGACGGAAGGUGAGAAAAUUGUCAGUAUGUCACUGAAACAGACCUCUUGUCCCUUCCUCAGGAGUGACCUCUUUCCACAGGGCAAAGAUAGUAGACAUUCUCUCCCUCCCCUUAUUAUGAACAAUGGAAUUAGCUGUUCAGAAUUUUGCAAGUAAUUGAACAAAAUGAAUCGAUCAUCAGUUUUCCAUUGUUUAACUGCUGUGCUGCUUAGCUGCUUUGCCGUGAAACUAUAGUCAGGACCCACAUGUUUGUGUUUCCGGUAAUAUUAGGUUUUGAACAUUUUUUAUGACACAAUUUUUGAGAUCUUUGAGAGUGCUGGCAAUAUCAGAAAAGGGACAUCAGUGGAUUCAAUCCUGUUCCAGUCCCUUAGUGGUUAGACUGUCCGAUCUAGAACACGAGUUCAAUUCUCCCCUACAACUCAGAAUUUUUUCUGUGUUUUUGGGUGAUUAAAUCUUCUGUUCUAAGUGAUGAGACUUUCAAAUAGACAACACACAAAUUGAUUUUUUCCUGUGAUUAUCAAUAUUAUUAUUAAACAUUUUCCAUAAUUGAUUAUCGCAUUGCUGAAAGAUUUUGAUCAAUGCUUGAUUAUAAUUGAUGAUUGGCACACCAAUAGUUAUUAGUUACAUUUAUGGGUCUAAGCAUGUUACCCAUCCUGUAUAAUGAUAUUGUCUUAAGAAAAGAAGAAGUUAACUAGCCUAUCCUCAUUUAUUAUAAUAUUGUUCUUUAGUUCGAACAGAGUACAUGGACUAUCGAUUCUUCAAGGAUUUGGAGUUGAAGACAACUCGCAAAUGUCUGUGCUGCUGUACUGCCACUGAGCUGGAGAUGUACGUUGAUGACCAUGAUAGCAGUGGUGCUCAGAAAGAAGGGGAGCCGCCCAAUCCUGGUGCCUUUCAUCCUCAUGUCCUGCGUCAUCCCGAGGCACGUAAUGUUGAACAAAUCAUCAGAAAUUCAUGGAAUAGAGCUAGGCUUGUUGCUGAGUAAUCAUGACUGUGCUAAUAACGAAUUUAGGUCCUACCAGACCCCCUGCAUAACUUUUACUUGACUGUAUAAUCUGCAUAUUUUUACGGAUGUUAUUCAAUGGUGUUGUAUCAAAGGCCCAUAGGGAACUAAUUUGGAUUGAAUAAAUUUUUACAGGCAAGAAUCUUGGCCUGAAGAACAAUUUAAGUGCCUACAUUUGAUUGACCAAAAAAUGUCUCUGCCUGUAGCUGCCCAGGGUUUCUGAAAAUGAUACAAUGUGACUUGGUCUUUUUAAGGUUCUUUUCAUUACCGUAAAUGAUCGAUUAAGUGACGCGACACUUAUUUGAUUUGCCCUGUUAUAGGUGCGGUGCUUAUACGUGAGCGAUGCUUAUUCGAGAGCGACGCUUAUUUUAACUACGGGUAAAACACCGAGGGGAAUAUAGAAAGAAUUAGUGGGGCACGUUCUGGGUAUGCACAAUUUAAUGUAAAAUACGUACACCUCAAACUGUUAGAUGAACUGGUUUCAAGAGUUUCCCUAAAUUAAAACUUUAGAACUCACGAGUUGGUCGAGGACUCGAGGUCUUAAUUCUCCAGCAAUCUCUCUUUAUAUCAAGUGUCGUAACAAAGGUGAGGCGUUAAUUUAUAAAUACCCAAAUUAGCGCCGCGGCGCUUAUUCGAGAGCCGCGCCUAUAAAAUAAUUAUGGGUAAAGGCGCGGUGCUUAUUCGAGUAGCGGCGCUUAAUCGAUCAUUAACGGUACAUUAUUGUAAGGGAGUAAGAAAUUAGAAUUGUGCUUUUUUACUGUACUAGGCAAUUAUUA